CCGGAAUAUUAAAUGUCUUUAUUUUUUAGUAAAUGAAGUAGCAAUUUAUUUAAUACUCCAAAAUGGAUGCAGGGGAGAGUUCAAUAUGUUUCCUUCCAUAUGAGCUACCAACUUUUGAUAACUGGAGUCCUAUUGCUACAUUUUAUCAUCCAUUAAUGGCAGGUAGUAUUGAUGGUACUGAUACAGUUCCACAUGAUAAGGCUGUCAUUCGAGCAUCAAAGUCAGUUUACAAACCGAAUAAAAAAGUUACUGGUGAUCCACGUAAAACGAUCAUGGUACGUCAUUUGUCAUUGACUACGAAUGAAUCCACUAUUAAACAAAUUUUUCAGAGGUUUGGAGAAAUUAGAAAAUGUCGCUUAGUUAGAGAUAUUAUUACUGGUAAUAGUCGUUGUUACGCUUUUAUUGAGUAUAGCCAUGAACGAGAUGCAAGGCAUGCUUCUCGUGAAACAAAAGAUUUAAUUAUAGACGAGUGUAAAGUAACUAUUGACUUUGAAUGUAGUCGUACUUUACCUGGUUGGAUACCUAGAAGAUUCGGUGGAGGGUUUGGAGGCAAAAAAGAAUCUGGACAACUUCGUUUUGGUGGUAUCGAACGACCAUUUCGGAGACCGAUACCUUUAAACUCAAAACGUGUAAACGACUGUCGUGGCAUAAAGAGAGAUAUUCCUGCAGAGACAGGUUCUAAAAGAGAAGAGAACCUUUCUAAAAAGUAUCGUGUAUGAUAUUAAAUUGCUUAAGAUUGGUGCAUGGUAUCAUUGAAAAUAAUUUUAUAUUUUUACUAAAGAUGUAUUUUAAUUUCUAACUGUAGUAAUAUUCUGUAAUAUAAACUCAAAAGUUUAUGUAAUCUAUGAACCAUAAACAUAA